UAUCACUGACACUCGUGAGUGCUUUCGGUUGCGUUUCUGCCUCGGAAAUAUAUAUCUGGGAGAAUCGGACGUAGCGACAGCGAACGAGCCACAAGAAUCGCCGGUCCACUCCCUAACACGGCUGGAGUUGAGAGUAUCGCCAUUACCAAAAAAUGGAACUACAGUGGUACCUCAACACACGAUCUUUUUAACAACCGACGUAAAAUUUGACUUGCCAUUUGUUUCUACAUCCGACGACAUGCUUGAAAUACGACGACAUGACAGCACCUCAGUCGGUUGCCUGGCUGACUUUUUUGUGACAGAAAUCAACACAGGAUUUGAAAAGAAAAUGGAAAUGUCAGGUUUCACAUCAAAAGGUAUACCUAAAAAUCCUCCUCAGACCACUGGGUCAAGUUCAAUGAUGGCUGCUACCAGAAUGCAAUUUGUGCCAAUGACUCAUCAGAAUGUGCAUCCACAUCCCCAAAGCACAGAGCCACUUGCGCAAGUCUUUGACCAGACAAAUUUUGUACCAGAGGUGAUGCUACCUAAUGGCAUGAACAUGCGUCCGGUUGGAUUGCUGAAUGGAGAGCUGUUGUAUAAAGUUACAGCUCCUAACUACACUGCUCCUCUUCCAAGAACAAUCCCUAGGAUUAAAAAGAACAAAAAAGUGGAUCAAACUUACGUCAAAAAGCCUCCAAAUGCAUUUAUGCUGUUCAUGAAGGAACAUCGACAAGCUGUUAGGCACCAUUCUCACCUGAGAAACAGUGCAGAUAUAAACAAGAUCCUAGGAAGAAUGUGGCAUUUGCUACCUGCUGAAGAGAAGGCCAAAUAUUACGAGUUGGCUGACAAAGUGAAACGACUGCACUCACAACAGCAUCCAGAUUGGUCCUGGAGGCACAACUAUGGCAAAAAGGAGGACUGUGAUCAUAUUAUUGAGCAUGGUGCAAAUAGUGUGCAAGCUGCGCUGGUGCCAGAGGUUGAGGAGGGGAGUGGACACGCUGAGACGGAGUUUGAAGAUGACCCUGACUCCUUGUCUCUGAGUUCAACAACGGUACAGCUCUCCAUCGAAGAGCACAUUUCCCAAAUAUACCGGAAUCAGACCCCUGUCUUGAAGCAGAGGAGUACCCACACGCCGUCCCUAUCACCCAAGCAUUCGUCGUCAAUGUUUCUUCCGGACUGUUGAUUUCUUGAUGGACUUCGAUUGUGCACAUUCUGCCCUGAGCAAACAUUGGGGGGAUUUUGAUGCACAACUGCUAUGCUAAUAUAUUGACACAUUUAAAUCCUAUGUUCAUAAUCUGCCGUCUAAACCUUUCUCUUCAAACAUUUUUAAUACUCUGGAAGACGUUUAAUUAUUGUAUCUGGAGUCUUACACAUGGAAUGUAUUGUUUGUCUUCUGUCCUCUCUUUAAUGCUGUGAGGGAAGGCAGACUCUUUUGAGAUAUACAGCAUAUGCCGUAAUAUAAACAAAACAACUUCAGACUUUUUUCAAAAAUGGCACUUACCGCUAGAUUGUAAAUUGAAAUUGAAAUAUUAAAUUAUAAGAGGUGAUUAAUUACAAGGACAAAUAAGAUUGGUGGCUGUAUUUUCAUUCCGGUUAAAAGGGAAGUUCAGAAUUUUUGACAUAAGGCUUAAUCUUUGAGUUAGUGUAGCUUUAAUUACUCAGUGUUUUUAUUUUCAACAAAUUUUGUGCAGUUUGUUAUUUGUGAGUUUCAGGGCUCUGGAGUGGCUAAGAUAGCGUGAGUCAAUGAUGCCUUUAUAGCAUACCAACAAAAAACAACCCAUGCAAUCAGUAGUGUUGGCUAUGUUUUCAGGAUAACGUUAUUAAAACUUACUAUUGCAUGUCAAUAAUUGUAAGAUGAACAGCGACAUUUGUAAUCCAGCAGCUCUGCAGGGAACAGGCUGUCUAGGCAAGCAGGGCGGAGUGAUAUCACAUUAGUUUUUUUCA